AUGAAAGUAGCUGUGUUCGCUGUCAUCCUCGGACUGUGCCUGGCACUCGCUUCGGCCAACAUCGAUUACUCUGUUGAAAACGAAGAACCACAGGAGUUUUCUGCUUUGGACUACGCUGAUGCGCUCGCCGAUGAGGAGGCAUUCAGCAUUUUCGGCUUCUUUUACUUUACACUCAAAGCCGCUUUACGUACGCUAAAAGGCGUUAACUGUACCAUCAAAGAAGUGCUCAGCAUACAAACUGCAGGAGUGGAUUUCUUGAAUGAUGUUAAGGAUUGCAACUCUGGUGCUUUAAAGAGCUUGAAUGCGCUUGUUACCCAAGUCCAAGCUGUUGUGAGUACCUCCAACGACAUCAUCCAUUUGAACAGCAAUGUAUGCAAUAACGGUGCUUUGGACGAUCAAGAGGAUGCCAAGAAGACCACUCCAGCCAAAUGUUUCGCAAAGUUGUUAGGUAAAUUGAUUACACUCAAGAAACAGGUCGCCAACACUGUGUCCUUGGCGAAAAAGUUGCCAUCUACUCCAAGUGAAUAUGCCGGAUGUGCUAAGUCCACAGUGACAGAUUUGAUUUCGGUGUUCACCAAUUUUCCCACUAACAUAAAAACUUGCUCCAAAUUGAAGAAUUAA